UAACUCGUGUAAAGUACAUUUUGUAACAAGUCGAGGAUUUAAAAGUAAAAGGGUCUUAGUUCAUGAACUCCUUACGCGAAAUUAUUGUAGCGACAUAAGACGCAACUCUAGAUCAAUCAGAACGCAAUGUUGGUACUCUCUAUUUUAGUCAUGUACUGUUUAAAAAACGAGCCGGAGUGCAUUAUCAGGUUUAAAAAAUCGAGGCAAAGUAGAGAGUUUUUAAACCUGAUAACACACGACUGCGAGUUUUUUGAACGGCUUCAAAGUCUCUGAUACAGAUCAACUCAUUCUUGCACUAAUAUUUAGAUUUGGGGUUAUUUUGAUCUAAAAAAUUGGACGUAUAGUUUAGCUGUGUCUUUAUCAUAUAUAAAGACAUUCAAUACCAUUAAACUUUUUUUAAAUUUUUUUUUCAUUACGAAUUAUUAAUGAGUUUUUGAAGUAAUGUUUAAAACAUGAACAGUAGCCUUUUAUCAUUGGUUAAAGACUGAAGUACACGGCUUAAGCGUAUAAUUGCCUUCGUAAUGCGGCUAUCCAAGGAAAGGAAUAUCCACAGCUGGUAAAAAACGGUGUGAAGUGUCGCUAAAUCUAACUUCAACGCGUUACAAAGGACAUUAAACUGGUAGGAAGGUUUGUUUGUGACUCAUUUCGCCAUCUCAUUCUUAAAACUUUUAACAGUCGUAUCUUGAUAUGGUCGAGUUUGGUGUUUUCUUGGUUAAAACUCUUCGUAUUUCAUUUCAGAAAUACGUUCUUACCGGUCAACGGUUUUUUGUUCGUUUUAAGAUGAACAUUUUUUUCUGUCUUCGGUUGCUAGUGUGUGAAUUUUUUUCAGAUUAAGAGGACAAUUCUUUUUAAAACUUCAUGUUAUGUUCAUCCUAAUCAGCAUUUCAUCGUGUUAGUUAUUCAACCUUGUAAUUCCCCUGAGGCUGAAUUCAAACCCCCUUCCCUGAAUUUUCAGUUUGCCGAAUUUUACCUUGCCUUGUCCUUGCAAGGCGUCUUUACAGGCCUUCUCGGUCAAUGCUUGCUUUGACCACGUGACCCGAAACCCAUCGGUCGCGCGCAAUAAUGAGGCCUAGUGGCUAGCUAGUCAAAAUUUAGUUGUUAUAAAAGUCCUUCAAGGGAUUUAAUUCGCGAAGUUAAUUGGACAGUAUGCUUACUGAAUACUGAUGAUAUUUGAAGUUAUAAUUCCACGAUAACCGGUUUUUUAUGAUUUCUGUUUUGCUUGCCCCGACUCUACGCUUGUCAGUUAACCUUAUUCACAGUAUUAAAAUGCUUUUAAAUUUAUAGGACGCAAUUACUGUUUCUUUGGGGAAAUCAAAAAGUUCAUUUGGAGAUGCAGGAAAAGACGAAGUAAAACAAGAAAGAGAAGUUGAAUUCCAAGUAACUCAACAUUCAAAUCCACUGGAGACUUCUGCUGACAGUUUGGCUGACAAAACCGAAUCUAUUAGUGGUGAAGUGCAAAAUUCUGACAAUUUUGUUAUGCUUGGUUCUAAGGCAGUGUUUAAAAUGAGUGCUCUCUGACUCGUAGUGGUAACGGUGGUGAAAUAUGUGUGAAGGAGACACCCACGGAACUUAUCCUUGCAAUUGUCUGGUACAGUUCAUUCUAUAAGCGCUAUGUGAACAAAGUCCAGGAUUCCUUGACUCUCGUGUCCGCUUUUAUACACAUAUUCACUGUCGUUGUUUGCUUUUGCUUCAUUCUAUCAAAGGAUUUUCCAGUUGGCGAAGUAUUCGCUACCCCGUAUUUGGUGAAACAAAGAUCACAAAAUAUUUCAUGAUUAUUAAUUUUUUAAAAUUGAAAACGUCAUUCCUGAGGGCAUAUAUAUUAAUGUAUAAUUUAGUUUCCAUCUGUCGGGUUCAAUGUUCUCCGAGAACAUCCUUUGAGCUGAGAAGUAUCAAUCGAGCUAAGAACAAGCUAUUUGAAAGUGCGGAUCAUUACUUGUUUCUUACAGAUACGAAUGACGAAUGAAAACUUAAUUUUAUUUUCAGAGAAAAUCAUGGCGACCUGCGCUUAAUAUCAGUUCAGUUAAUUUGGAUAUUCUGUCUUUAGUCCCUCCAGAACUUGUCGCUAAAGGUCCCUUGCACGUAGCUGCCUACAACAAGGCUAUCAAAGAGGGAAAAAACCGUGUUAUGAGGGUGCCAAUUAUGUUCAUUGGACAAGCGCGAUCUGGAAAGACCAGUUUAAAGAAGUCUUUAAAAAGAGAAAUCUUCAAUGAAGAAGAGCCAAGUACUGAUGGGAUCGAACUCGAUCCUUCUUACUUCAUUGUGACUAAUGAUGUUAUGAGUUUAGAAGAGACAAAAGAGCAGCAAGAUGUUGAAACUGCAGUUUCUUUUCAUAAUAGAGCAGCAAAAUUUAUGGCAGAUGAAAUUAAGCAAAAGUCUAAGAACGAAUCGUCUUUAGGAAAGAGUGACCGCAACAUUGUUUCUCCAAACAGUCCAAAGCUAGAAGAUGUUAAAGCAGGCACUCUUGUGCAAUCUGAAGAGAAUAUUGCUGAGCCGGCUGAAAAGCAAUCAGAAAAGCUGUUUGAGACUGACAAAAAAUUAAACACUGAAAAUCGCUUUGACAAAGUUCCAAAAGAAACGGUGGAAUGUUUUGUGAAAAUCUAUGAUGAAGCUUACAGGGAAGAUGAGGAUAAAAUUUAUUUCACUCUCUGGGAUUUUGGUGGACAGUUAGUUUACUAUGCCACCCACCCAAUAUUUCUCACCGGAAAAGCAAUUUACCUUUUGGUGUACGAUCUCAGCAAAGAUCCAGACGGCAAAGCCGAUGCCAUUAAAAAGCAAGGUCUUUAUGAGUCUAGGGAAGACAGAGAUUGUGGAAAAACCAAUGGAGAUUAUCUUCGCUGUUGGUUGUCCUCGGUCGCUGCUUUAGAAAGCCAAACUACGGGGCACUCCGAGUCCAUAAGCUCUGGAAAUUUGCCAGAGAAGCUGCCGCCAGUUAUCUUAGUGUGUACCCACGCUGAUAAGGUCGGUGAGUCAGCCGAGGAAAAAGCUGGUAAAGUAUAUGGCUCCCUAGAGGCAAAACCGUACAGUAAGCAUUUGUCCAACAAGCACUUUGUGGUGGACAACACCAAGUCUGGUAGUGCAGAUGAGUGCAAAGAUGUCCAGGAAUUAAAGAGUUUCCUUAGAAUUGCAAAGCAGCUUCCACACAUGCAGCAGACCGUUCCGAUUAAGUGGCUGCUUUUUGAAGAGGAACUCAAAAAGAAAGAUGAGCCGUUUAUCGUCCUCGAUGAAGCUAGGAGAAUAGCUAAAACAAAUUGUGGAAUUGAUGACGAGCAACAGUUCGUAACUUCGUUAAUCUUCCUACAUGACCAGAGAAUUUUGAUAAAUUUUCAUGACACGGACAAGUUGAAAGACUUGGUGAUUUUAGACCCCCAAUGGUUGAUUGAUCUGUUCAGGAAGGUGAUCACCGUCAAACGCCAUGACCGUAAAUCAGAUGAGCCGCAGUACAAAGAAUUGUGGAAAAAGCUUCAAGACAAAGGUGUCCUGGACGAGCAGCUUAUACAGGUUGUCUGGCCGCCCCUCAUUGAAAGAGAUAAGACCAAAGAGAUCCUUAUUGAGAUUAUGGAGAAAUUUUGCCUGUUGUGUCCUUUGCCUUCGGAAAGCGAGGGAAAGCAGUAUCUUGUACCAUCCAUGUUGAUGUCUCCUCCAGGUGAUAAAGCAAACGAGCUGCUUUUACCAGCCAAAAUUCCUCAUCUUUUCAUUCGAUUUAGACGACCAUCUUGUCCAGAUUGUGUUCAAGUGCCCCUUGGUUUGUUUGAACGACUUGUAGUGAAGUUUCUUGCUUGGUGCAACGAAAUGCAGUUUACACCAUUGUACGAAGACAUGUACCAGAACUUUGUUAGAUUUCCUUUCGGCUCCAAAGGAUACUCAGUAAUUCUGUGCUGCAAUUCCUCUUCUGUCCAGGUUGUGGUUUACGGAGAUCCAGUUUCUGCAAGUGAAGAGCCAGAUGUAGCAGAUUGUGAUAGAGUGUUAAACCAAUUAGAAACAGUACUUCAAAGUUUGCGCGAAGAGUGCUUUUGGUUGAAAACCAUAGAAUGGGAAUUUAGUGUAAUCUGCCCUGUUUGCUGUGAGCAACGAUCAGGCAAGUACUAUUGUAAAGGUUGUAAAGAAGAAGAAUCUCUUCACUUCCGGUCAGAGGCCGAAUUGCAGGAUGAGCAAGCUCGAAUUUGCAGGAAGGAUACUUUGGCUAAAGAAGAAAUUGUUCCAGUUGAUGGAUUUGCAUUCUGGUUUAGAUCCCUAAGGAAGCAGGUAUAAAAUGAUAUCAAAUUUGAACCCUAAAAUAUGUUAGUUGAGGCUACCUAUUUUUCAAUGUUGACAAUUUUUCAGCUUUUGCGUUGAAAAUAAACUUUAGGUGCAUAGUCAAUCAUGAUGAAAUGUUUUGAUACUUCCUUUUUAAAAUUAAUUAUUUAUCUAGACUAUUACUCAUUUCAACAAACUAUUGAUUAAAUAUAGUGUUUGUAAUAGUGAGGUUGACUUAAUUUUUUUUUUCUUUUGCUGCGUCUAUAUGAAGUGGGUUGAAUUUAGCGAAAAGCUUGUAGGAGCUCUCCCCGAUUACUGCGAAUAAUUAGGUGUCCAUAUUAAGUGGGUGUCCGGAAAGUGAGCUUCCAUUGUACUCGGGUGGUUCAAACCUUAAAAGCAUGAUGUGCUGUACUUUAUGCGGUUUUGCACUCACAUUUGUGUUUUCUGUUAUUGUAACAUAAUGAUGGGAAUUGGCAUAAACUAAUUAAUUUCCUCUCUUGAUUGAAAUUUUAGAAUGCUUCUUUACUUUUGAAUAAUUUCAGUUCCGUCUGUCUACUUUUUAAAUCGAAACCCAAGAGUGCAUGGUAAUUUUUCUCAUUUCUCAUUUUCUCAUAAUACUUUGAUUCUUUUCAACAGGAGCAGAGUGUUGAUGAAAUCGUGAGUCUCUUCGACGAAGGUGACUGCUUGACUUUGUUCUUAAUCUCAAGUGGAGCGAGUUUAUAGCUUGGAGAGAUUUGCUCGGCCACUUCAGAGUCCUAAAUAGUCCGCUUGAAAGGCGUGGGGGAUGGGGGUGGGGGGUGAUGGGUGGUGGAGUUGGCAGAGCUUAAGGCGAGGUGGGAAGGGAGACGAAAGAACUCUCUGACUGCUCGUUUUUCGCCCCUUCUACUCUUCUUAUACACCUCUAAAGCAGGCUGAUACACUUUUUAACAUUCAAGCUCUGGUCGAUUGAAACACUUUGGUCCAUGCAUAAAAGGCAUUUAAAGUUCGAUAACUUUAACAUGUAACAUGCUUUGUUUUUAAAAGACUACUUCCACAUCAUUGCAUGCCUAAAAGCAUAUUCUCUUAAUAUUUUACAGAUUCCCUGGUGCAGGAGAAGGUUGUAGGUAGAGUCCAAGUUAUGCAAGAGAUGGCGCAUGCAUUAGAUCCGCCCUCAAUCGGUCAUGGUAGGCAAGAACUGCCUCUGAUCCAGUACUGGAAGUAUCUCUUUGAAGAAUUCCGCGAGGCAUUUAACUUGCCCCAAGACGUUGCAAAAAAGUGCCAGCUUACCUCUGAAGAUAGUCCUAGUAGAAACAUGUUCGAACACCUCAAAUCCAAACAACCUGACUUUCUCAUCAGUAAACUCAUAGAGGGACUUCGAGACAUUCAAAGAAACGAUCUUGUGAAAUUGCUGGAACAAUCCAGUGUGCCUAGUAAGUUGUGAAUUCCUCAGCACUUAAUCUGCAGAUGAGAACAGUAUACUGUAUUUGAAUCUGGCAUUUAAACCUCAAAACAGAAGAAGUUACUGUAGAUAAUAAUAUUAUUUAGCACUCAUCCAAAAACACUACGUGGGUACAUUAACAUCCAUGUCAAUAAAAUGGCAGAGGCCAGCUCGUGCGUGUCCUUUAAGGGCUCAUCGCACCUUUUGGCCGUUUAAGAAAAAGUUGAUCCGUGGCUCCUUACACUAAAAAAUAAACAAACAUCGAGCGCAAUUGCCAAAAAUGCCAGCGUGAAACUUCGAAGUGUAAGGGAAUUUUUCUAAAUUUAACCUCACUCAACGAUAUAAGUACAUGACCCUUUUUAUGAUACUACCAGUACAUUCUGUGAAUUUCUAAACGAGCUGUGUGAAAGGGGAGGGCAGUUAUACAAAUUUUGUUAGUGCUUAACUACUUGUAUGCGUCAUUCUUAUUAGGAUCUGCAACAUUAGAUGACCUCCUUCAAGACUGUUCGGGAACCUUAGAAAGCCUCUGUCUUGAGCUUGACAUUGACAGGCAGUGGAAAGCUUUGGGCAAAAAAUGGCCCAAAGACCUUACAACUGAAACUUUGCUGCGAAUCGAGACACCUUUUAGCUUUACAGAAGCCGUCCUUGAACUCUUGAAAACGAAAAACCAUGGGCUGCCUUUGAAAACGAUUCGACAUGUCUUGAAAAAGAUAGAAAGAAACGAUGUCUGUAAAGAACUGGAGUGCUUUUCAGGUAUUUUUUAAUUUGCUUUCCUAUCUAACAUUUAAAAGUUGAAACAGAAAACCAAAGGGUCUUCAAGAAUAGUUUGACGAAAACAAACGCUCUCUUUGACCGCUUAGGCUUCCCCUUUUUUGGAAAGAAGUUGUCCUUGGUAGAUAAGUGACCCUCUCAGCCAAGUCAACUUUAGUGAACGUUCAUAUGCGAGAAAAAUUUACCCCUUUGUCCGAGCAAGCAGCGCUCGGGCAUGCUCUCAUUGUUUCACCAUGACCUACUUGACUUGGCUGGGAUAGCCAAAGUUUUUAUAUGGAGAAACGUUUGCCUGGCUAGGGGGCCGAUCUUUUGUAAUGGUAUGUUCACCCUGGCUGGGCGGGUCACCCUUCUCGUAGAGACGGUUUGCCUCGUUUUGUAAGGAAAUGUAUGAACAUUACUUCGCUCGGGAUAGCUCGGGUAGGCGGGUGACACUUCUACCCAGGAAAACUUUUAUCUAUAUAGACAUAAUAAUUGUGGACUUACCUGGUCCCUCAACCCCCUCCUUCUCAGAGACUGCUAAUUUUGUUAUAGGUUCUUUUGGCAUGAGGUUGUCUUGCCACCCUUUUUUCGUUGUUUUGAUUGAAAGAUGUCACGAUCACGAUCAGGAGCUAAAGGGUUUGUGCCCUUUUUGAGAUCAAAUUGGCGCCCUCAGUGAUUAUUGUGAAUGGCAAAGUUUCCCCUUGGCUUGACAGUGUUUCGUUCUUUGAAGUGAAUGGUCAGUCGUACGAAUAUUAUGCGAAAAGUCAUGCUAAAAAAAAUGCAAAAGUGAAAAGAAUCGUCUACCUUGAACAACCCAACUUAUUCAUUCUUGUAAAGCAAAAAGAAACCAAUGACUUUCAUUUCAUUUCCUCCCCUUAAUGAAGAAAACGACACCGUUGAAACUCUGCUUGAAGACCUUAAGCGACUGGAGAAGGUUACAGUCUUGUUGGAUAAAGACACGCCAGGAACGAAAACCUGGCGCCAUUUUGCUCGAGAGUUAGAUAUCUCAAGGGAUGACUGUGACAAAAUAUCUUUGACGACUAAAGAAUAUCCAAGUCCAUCUAGAAACCUGAUGCAGUUCAUCGUUCAGGUUUAUCCAGGUCUUACAAUGAGAGAUUUUGUACGAACUCUGGUCAAGAUGGAGCGCAUGGAUGUUGUUAAUGUCUUGAAGAAGCACUGCUGUGGUAAGAUAUUAAUCAUAACAUAACGCGUGCUCUUCGUGAAAUUUGUAUAUUAUUUAGUUCAGUCAAUACCUGUUACUUUAGAGGUAGUUUUCAGUGGCGGAUCCAGACCUCCAGAUAAGGGGGGGGGGGGAUGACAGAGUAUAGUUGCGUGUUUGGUUAGAUUUAAUAUGAGCUGCUCAUAUUAUUAAAUAUAAGACACAUGUUGCAGUGCUUGUUGUUUUAUUUAUUUUUAUUUGUGGAAUUGACCACUGGUUAUGUGGUGAUGGUUUUGCGGGUGGGCGUCACCCCGGGGCGGGGGGGGGGGGGGGGGGUGGGGGGGCGGUCAUCCAGACCCUGAGAUAAGGAGGACGGCCCGGUCUCCAUUUUGGUCGAAAAAUAAGGGGGGGGCCGGGUCCCCCGGGCCCCUCCCCUGGAUCCGCCACUAGUUUUAUCUUUCUUCCGUGUCUUUUGUCCUGUGCUUUGUUCCCAAAACUUCUUUUCAUGACAAUAGGCCAUUUCCUAGUUUCCCCGGGCCUCUGUGUCAAAACGAGGUUAGGUGCUCAGCCUUUGAUAUGGAAAUCAUUUUUCAUUCUCAUGCAAAUAAAGCCCAUGCAUUUUCACAAGAAAGGUUGUGCACCUGGCCUCAUUUUGAACGUGAGGGUUUUUUGGAACUCGGAAGAUGCCUAUUGAAGAUCGCUUUGUUAUGGUAACGGUCAGGUUCACAUUUAGUCAUUUUUACUCUUAGUAUUAACUUUUAUUAAUUUCUUUCUUUUAAGAUUCCACAAACACUGACAGUGCUUCCAUUGACAAAGACGCUCGGGAGUAA